AAGACCCAUAGCGAAAAGAAAUAGAGGAGAAGAGAAGCUUCCUUGGGACAAUAGGACGGCCUUGCGUGUGUGUUUGUGCGUGUGUGACAGUUUUCUUGUUGAGUGAAUUGAAUGAGACCCAGAGAGGCAGAGACGGCAAAACUUGACUUUCUUGAACAUUCUAUUUCCAUCCCUCCUGCCGUCCCUCCCUCCCUGUCUCACUGAUAUAUAUUAUAUAUAUAUGAACGCAUUGUCAUAUUUUCUUCUAAGUUUGAAACAAAGUAUAAUUCUUCUCUUCCAUUCUUCACUGAUUCAUAUCGAGGUUUGAAACCCAGUUUCCGCAUUCGAAGGAAGGCCGAGUCUUGAGCGAACCUGGCUUGAGAGGCCUUGGCUCAUACAGACCCACAUCAAAAUUUUACUGGUUUUAGAGGGAUUCUCUUAAUACAAGGUUGAAGCUUGAAUCUGGAGCUGGAUCUCUCCAUGGGUGAAGCUCAGGAGAUCUUCCUAAAUGGGAUACAUGGAGUUUUCCCAGUUGGGCUUGAUUCAGAAUCCAGAGACUACCAGACUGCUACCAUACUUAGCGAGAAGAUUUUUUUGAUCGGGGGUUCGGAUGAUGGAUCCAACCUGUCCAUGGGCAUCCGGAUUUUCGACAAAUCGACGGGUAAAUGGGAUGUUCCCACUGUUUUGGGUAUGAAACCCACCCCAUGCGAGGGUCACUCUGCAGUUCUUUUAAAUAAAGAAAGAAUUUUGAUUCUCAAGAGGGACUCCACCCCAGAUGAUUGCGCUUGGUUUCUUGAGGUGGAUACCCCAUAUGUUAGAGAAAAAAUGAAAAUAAUGGACACUCAGGUGGUUGCUUGGAGUAAAGGUGUUAAGGGUGAAGGUCCUAAACCAAUUGUUAUCAGUGGCCCCUCUGGAGUGGGCAAGGGCACGCUGAUAUCCAAAUUGAUGAAGGAAUUCCCAUCUAUGUUUGGUUUCUCUGUGAGCCACACAACUAGGAUUCCCAGAGAGAAGGAGACAGAUGGAGUCCAUUACCACUUCACUGAACGAAGCAUGAUGGAGAAGGCAAUAAAAGAUGGGAAGUUCCUCGAAUCUGCAUCUGUUCAUGGAAAUCUCUAUGGGACCAGUAUUGAAGCUGUUGAAGUAGUAGCAGAUGCAGGAAAGAGAUGCAUACUUGACAUAGAUGUUCAAGGUGCUAGGUCCGUGAGAGCUAGUUCUCUUGAGGCAAUUUUCAUCUUCAUCUGCCCACCCUCAUUCGAGGAGCUUGAGAUGAGACUUCGUGCACGGGGUACUGAAACAGAGGAACAGAUUCAGAAAAGACUGAGGAAUGCAAAAGUGGAGCUCGAGCAAGGAAAGUCAUCAGGUCUUUUUGAUCAUUUAUUGAUAAAUGAUGACCUUGAUGCAUGCUUUGCGACUCUUAAGAAACUCUUGGGUCUUGAUGGAAGCAUGGAGGCCAUCUAUCAAUCAUCUCCCAAAACCUUGGAACACCCCAUAGACCAUUUAGCAUCUGGAAUGGAUCAGAAGGUCUUGGUACAAUGCGGAACUCCUGAACUAGAAAAAGCGUCAAAGAGCUUGUUUAUACUUGAUGUUUCUUCAAUUAAAGGAGGGGCUCCAGGCCGGACAAGAGGACUAAACAUGUAUGCAAUGGACCCAUUUACAGAUGGUUUAAAUGGGUUUAAACAGCUCCGAAAUCCAGUAUAUUCAGUGAAUUGAGCAGGUGGAUUAAUCAAGACCAACCCUGGUCCUCAGUUUUGCAUUUUUUCUAAAGGGAGGAAAUGGUGUUUACUUAUUACACUGGAAACACAACUCUUCUAUUCAUCUCCUCGUGUAUUGCUGAUUCAUGGUGAAUAUAUCUGAGGAAACCAUUCUUUAUUAUUUGCUAAUGGGAACAAGAGCAGCUACAGUUUCAUUUCUUCCUCAUCUGUAGUGGAGUUAAAGAGGAUUCAGUCAGUUGAAUGAUUUGAUCUUCUUAAAGGAUUGAGGAUAAUUGGGUUCCCUCUUAGUUUCUGGGUUUUUAUAUUUGCAGUAAAAAAUGUAAUAGAUUUGAUUCUGUUACUUCCUUUCCAUUUAAGCAGGGCACAGCUCAGUUGAUUGUA